GUUUUCAAGGACACGGUCCCUUUAAGAAGGGGCGGGGCCGGCGCCAGAGGAGGCCGGAAGCGCGCCUCUCUCGUUCGGGGACGGGGCGGUUGUCCGACCGGAAGCGGAAGUGGCUGCCUCGCUGACGCUGGCGUCCGGGUUUCUGCGUCCAGAGAUGGGCUCCAAGGCCAAGAAGCGCGUGCUGCUGCCCACCCGCCCAGCGCCCCCCACGGUGGAGCAGAUCCUGGAGGACGUGCGGGGGGCCCCGGCAGAGGACCCCGUGUUCACCGCCCUGGCCCCGGAAGACCCCCCGGUCCCCUUCAGGAUGAUGGAGGACAUGGAGGCCCCGGGGGAGCAGCUGUACCGGCAGAGCCGGGCCUACGUGGCUGACAACCAGCGGCUGCGGCAGGCGGGCGCCACGCUGAGGCAGAGGUGUGAGCAGCUGCGGCGAGCUGGCGAGGACCUGGAGCGGGAGGUCGCCCAGAUGAAGCAGGCGGCACUGCCGGGCGCCGAGGCUGCCUCUUGAGGCUGACGUGUCGGGUCCCGCAGGCCUGGGCAGUGUGUGAGGUGGCUGGCGCCCAGGCCUUCCCUGUGGGUCCAUCAGCCCCAGACUGGCGUUCACCAGGCCCCAGCUGGCGUGGGCAGCGGACGCGGGCUGCCCUCCUGGCGCUGUGGCUGCGGUUCAUCUGUCGUCCUGUUCAUGCCCUGUUGGUGGGACCCACCCAGCUGGCUGUGACCUCAGGGCCCACUGGGGUUCCUGACAGGAUGGGGACGUCACCGUCCUGCUGGCAUUCUGCCCUCGGCUUCGGUGGCCGUGAUCUGAGGUGGGGCCUCUGGGAGCAGGCCUCUCCUUCCUCCCAGGGCAGGCACUUGCCUGUCCACUUCUGAGUCCGGGUGUCGGGACCAAGGUGUUAACUGUGAUUCUGUCCAGCGGGUGCCCAGCCGGUGUAGGAGCAGCCCGAGGGCCAGCACCAGCCCGAUGUCGCUUCCCGGUUCCAGACUCAGCCACGUCAGUCUUCACAACCACCCUGGGCUGCUGGGGUCACCCAGAGCAGCAGCGCUGAGGCCUGGCCCCGCUCCCCGGCUCCCCGGCUCCCCGGCUCCCCAGCCCCUGCUGUUGCUGGGGCGGCUCAGUCACCGGCCAGGAACCCAGGGAGCCCUGGGCCUCACAGCCACCCUGUUGGCUAGAGCAGGUCCCGGGCCUGCUCCCCGCGGGUUCUGGCCCUCCCAGGGGAAGGGGCGCUAAGAUGGAAGUCUCGCCAAGGGCCUUUCAUCCUGUAUGUCAGCUGGAGUGGAAACCUGGACGAGGCGCCCCCGAGGCCGGCCCUGCACAUAAACGCCUUCCUGUGUGUG